GAAAAAUGUGUGGUUCAAUUUAACCGCAAAAAAAGAACAAACAAAGAAAACAAAAAACAACAUUGUUCCAAUCAUAACAUUUUACAGGUUUUUUUUUUGUUUUGUUUAUAAAUUAUUUAAACAAAUCAUUUUUAUAUAUACACACAUACACCUUGGAAAUUAUAAUUUUUCAUUAUUAUAAUUUAAGAAAUCAACAAUUUUUUAUUAAUAUAAUGAAAGAAUAUGAAGUGGCUAUAAUAAAUAGUUCAAUGCCUACAGAUGUAGAAGAAUAUGCUGCACAAACAGCAUCAGAAGCAAUUAAUAUGGAUUCUGAUUUGAGUAGUAUUGCUCAUUUUAUCAAGAGAAAUUUUGAUAGAAAAUAUAAAACUACUUGGCAAUGUGUAGUUGGCAAGAAUUUUUGUGGGUCCUUCACUCAUGAAACAGGUGAUUUCAUUCACUUUAAGCUAGAAAAUUUAACGUUUUUGCUUUUUCGAUCAAUCAAACCAAAAACACGAGUACUUCAUGCUGAUUCGAGUUCGACUCAAUGAACCCUUUCAAAUCUUGAUGCUGCUAUUAGAAAUUACUAAUUUCUGAAAUGUUAUUACAUUGGAAAAAUUAUAACUACUGUGCAAAUUAGUUUUUGUCGGUUUUUUUAAUAAAAAUUAAUUAAUUAAAUUAUGCAUAGUUUUCAUGUGAAUUUCAUGAUAAAACAUUUAGUUUAUUUUGUCCUCUUAAAGUGUUCAGAUCUUAAAUGAAGAGAGUGGAUUGAAAAAUAUAUAAUGGGCUUACUCAAGUUGACGAUUGUGUACUCAUUUGGAAUUCUCGAAGAUUACUAACCUACUUUGUCUAUGAAUAUUUGAAUGCACGUGUACCAUAUUCAAACUAUCUUGUCACUAAAAUACCUAAUCCCCCUGUACUUCACUAUAAAUCAAUGUGAGUCAUAAUUGUAUCUGAGGUUUAUUAAGUAAAGCGCUAUUCGCCAUUCAGCACACACCAUUUCAUUUCCGUAGACAAUGUUAUUCAUUUAGGAUUCGAUGGAAAAUACUAUGAUCAUUUUUGUGAAUUAGAUUGAUGUAAUUAUGCUCCUAAACAAUUUUUAUAUCAUUUAAAUUUAUUUUUAUUUUUAAUUAUCAAGAUUUAAUUUGAAACUUAUAUACUUCCCAUCGUCAUCCACUCAGUUUUAGUUAGUUCACUUCUAGUUUUGUGGCAGCCCUAUAUCUGACUCCAGUUAAAUAGUAUGCUGAUUGUUGGCGAAGUAAACAUGCCACCAACCAUCGCAUAUAAUUAUCGACUUAAUCCGCGGUAGGGGGAGUGUUUUGAUGCAGUAGUGAGAUGGGAAAAAGUUAGGGAAGGCCGGACCAAGAAGUGGAAUCAGUCCAUGAAUUCACUGACAAUUGGACUUAGCCAUGGUGAUAUGUAUGGACAACUUGGUUGUGGUCCGUAUGAUUGUCGUAACCAAUGGUUAGAAACAUUGAAUGAAACGGUUCAAAAUCGGUUGCACGAUGCAUCCUUUCCCUGUCUCUCAUCAAAUUCUGAGCUUUUUGACUCCUCAUAACCUUUUUUUGGUUUGAUUUCACUAAUUCAUAUUUUGUUUUCGAAUCGCAUCUCCUAUGCCUAGUCUUUUUCAUUACUACUGAGACAAUAACUACCUUUUACUAUUCUGAAAUUUGGUCUGACGAUUUCGUCUUUCUGUGCUAAUGGGCGUACACACGUUAAGAAUAAUUGACUGACUGAAAAUGGAUGGAAAUUGAAUGAAACCUAUAAAUGAUAAGGGAAAUUUGGUAGGGAAAUUGAUAAUGAAUACAAUGAUAUUGAAUGUUGUUAGAAGUAUGAUGUGAGUUUUCACUUUCCGGUUGUCCAUACUGUGGAAGAGCUCUUCUAGAAGUACCUGAAACGAAAAUUAGAAUAGAGUUGGUCUUAGUGACCUGAAAGCAUGACCUCGGUGCCCAAAGGGGCACACAAGGCCUUUUUGUGAGUAAUUUUUGUGUUAGCUACGUACUUGUUGGGACAUUACCGCUGGAGAUGGAUAUCCGUGGGAUAAGGUGAGGUGUGCAUUUUUAGGGUUCUAACCUCACCCAUCCUUGUGGGAAAGCAGCAUUACUAAUAUGAUUGUUGUCUGAGGGAACAACUUACUGUCGUCACAUUUCUGUACAGUCAGUAGAACAACUUAGCCCUCAGACCAGAUAUCAGAUAUUUCUACAAUCUGUCUUUCGUAGAACAAAUUUCAACAAAAAAUACAAGUUCUGUACGACUUUUCACUUGUAUACUCUUAUCCUAGAUAUCAAUAACUUUUGUGUUCCAGAAUAUAAAAUAUUUUACCGACCACCCCUAGAAUACACCAACUUUAUUCUUACUAGUAUUCUUAUUAGUGACAGAAUUAGUUCGAAACUUGUUUAACAGUGCUUUACAAUCCGUUUCCCUUUGAAUCAUUGUACUUAAAAUCACAAAUAUAAAUUCAUUUAGCAAAGACUUCAUGCUAUAUAGAAGCUAAAACUUAAAAUAAAUCUAAUCUGUUUCUUUAAGAUGCUUAAUAAACCAUUUUUAAUUGACUGAUUCAAUUGAAUACAAAGUAACACAUAGUUAUAGCAUUCGUAAUCGAAUACAGAAAGUGAAGAUCUUUUAUUCUAAAUACUCUAUCAAUAUGAAUCUGCUUAAAAAUAAAUGUUAAAGAUCGCUGAAUUGUUUGUCGCAAUCUGUCUGUGAGAUAAAAUCACUAUCAUCAUUUGUUCAAUAAUUGACACUGAUUUAAUAGAGCUUACAUUUGUGACUGUGUCUUAUUCCACCAGGGAAAUUAUUGGAAUGUCAAAUGCUUGAUCACUGUUAUUAUUUUGCAAACUUAUCAAAGUUUUUUCUGUAGAUAUUUUACGCUCACACUUUCCUUCAUUAACUCGAUCAAUAUAAAUAUUAUCCAUACAAAUCCGUAGGUCGUUGAACAAACUAGAACGGUUGUUGUUCUGUGCUCCUUGCUUCCGUUUUGUUUUUUCUAGUUCCAGAUGACUAUAAUUACGCUAUAAUAACACUGAAAAUGCCGCUCAAUAAACUGUUCACAAUUUGACAGGAUGUCCUUGUUGACUGACUCCUAAAUGUUGCUUCACUUUGUUGUAUUCUGCGUAACAAAUGUUCUCUCAAAAUAAUUUAUGAAACAUAUCAUUUCAGACAAUCAGACAUGGUAUAUCACUGCUUUACAUAUAACACCGCUUUUUAUAUCAACCUGAUCAUGAAAAUUGGCAUGUAUUUUGUUACUAAUUCCCGAAUAUAAUUUCAAUCUAACAUAAAACGCUCUGCCUCAUACCUAGAAAGUUUUGUUCACUAAAUUAGCUGAAAGAGAAGUGUGUAAAAGUAAAGACUUGUCUUCGACAAAAUAGUUAGUAUCAUUUGUUUAUUUAUUUAUCGAUAAAUAUAGCAGUCAUUGCCAAUUAAAAGAAACCGAUGAAACUAAGGGGAAACACAUAUCAAUCAUACUAGUCUUCAUAAAUGAUUAAGUUACUCAUUAAAUCAAUCCGAGACAGAAGAUAGCCAUAUAUUUUACAAUUUGUACAACUAAAAAAUAUCAAUGUCAAUAACAUUAUUCUCAAUAACUCAAACCAAAGCAGACAAGAACACAGCCUAUAUCAUCAACUGCAUUUUACACUAUACAUUCAAGUGAAUAUAAAUAUUUGAAAAAUUCCCAUAUUGUGAUUUAG